GAGCAAAUGCGCUGAUGUACUCGUCCUUCCUUCCUCGAAGACUUCUUGCUUGCAGUCGUCCCCUGCCACCGCGUCAUCGUGCCCGCCGCACCUUCUUAACCUCCCCAGCUGGCCACGUCCCCUCUUCGUCUCGAUCUCGUCACACGCCACACCAGUGCACAACAUCUUCUUCAGUUCUUCUCAUUUCCUCUCUCCUCUUCCGUCUGCCGUCACGAAAUAGUGCACACAGCUUCUUCUCAGUCCUCGCUUCGCUUUUGCUUGCGGGUGCCCAGUUCGCAGAUCGCUGUUGAUAAUUAAUGGAGCGCAGUCCGCGCCGGCGGCCGAAGCCGGCGGCGAUCGACAUCACCUGGGUGUCGUGCCGCGGCGUCAGGUCGUCGCUCCCGUUCCACACGCCCUGCCUCUACGUGUCCGUCUUCGUCGCCCCGUCGUCCGCCAGGGGCGUCCACGGCCACCGCCGGCCACACCGCGUCAAGACGCCCACGGACCGCGCCGGCGGCGUGAACCCCGAGUGGGACGCGCCCCUGCGGCUCUACCUCCCCGACGCCUCUUCGCCACCGGCUGACGAGGCGGAGCUGGCGGCGGGCAAGAACAGCAAGAAGGGCGACGGAGACGACGACGUCCUGCUGCUGCGGUUCGAGAUCAAGGCGGAGGUGGCCGUCCUCGGGGACAAGCUCACCGCGUCCGCCGCGGUGCCGGUCCCGGGCCUCGUCGCCGACGGGUGCACGCGCCGCGUGUCGUACCAGCUUGCGGGACCCGACGGCAGGCAGCCCAACGGCGUCAUCUCCUUCUCCUACGCCUUCCAUGACAGCAGGAACGGCGGCGACGACGACGACGGCCACAGCAGCGACAGCGAGCCCGUCGCCACGCCGCCCUCACCCUGCCCCACGGAGUCGUCGUCGUCCACCAGUCCCCUCGCGCACCCACUGCCGCCUACCACCGCGGCGCCGCGGCUAUACCCGGCGAUCGAGUGGCCACCGGCGGAGCAAAUAAUCCCAAUCUACCCACCGCCGGUGACGGCAGAAGCUGCGGUCACCAACUCGCGGUACUACCCUCCUCCAGUGGAGCCGGUUGCGGUGUACCCGCCGUCGGCAGGGACGGCGUGGUCCUGCAGCUUGUACCCGCCGGCUGGGGAGGCGGUGCCGGCCAGCGGUAUGUACCCGACGGUGGACCUUGCUCCGGUGAGCUGCUAUCCGCCGGCGGUGUACGGCGUGGAAUGCGGGUAUGCGGCGGCGCCGCCGGUGUGAGAUGGUCGCUGCUUGUACGCGGGUUUCGUAGUUUGAUGAUUGACUGUUUCUUGGUGGUGCUGCCCUCCCGCCUCCGCGUUUUUACAUGGUACGCGGAUCCGGCGCGCGGCGUGUAGUUCUCGUGCCCUGCGGAUGUACAGAUGUAGAAUCUGCUCCUGAAUCUUGUACGCAAGUGCGCCCGUUCGGUGGUAUUUUUUUAUUCAUAGUAUUGUUAAUAUUUUAACUUCGGCAACGAAAUACGGUUAUCAUCGUUGAGCUA